UUUGCGACGCGCACCGACGACUCCGGGCAGGCAGUGCCCCGCUUACUUGCCCUUUACCAUCAUCUUCUGGUCGCAACAGACCCCUUUCGCGUAUAACUCUGGUAUUUGGCGAGGAGGAUGUCGGCGGGCGAUGUCCGCCAAAGAAUAAUCACCUCGGUCUUCUCCAAGCUCAAUGCGCAAGGGCAACAGGAAACCUACGUCUCACAUGUGAAGAUAUGGGAAGAUGCACCGGAGGAGGGCGGAAAGAAGCCGAGAUACAUUUUGAUAGCCAGAUCCAGUGACGGCGGUGGAUACAUUCACAAAGCAAAGCUGAACUCGAAUGAUACCUUCUCUGUGGGAAAGACGUGGAAAUUACAGGAUCUGCGAGGGGUCGAAGUGGCUUAUCCUCUUGGCUUUAAUAUCACCUUGGCCAGGACAUACAAAUGGCAGACAGAAAAUGAGAUCGAGCAGGCUAAUUUUGUUGUUGCUUUGAUCAGGCUGUUUCGCACUAUCACCAGAGGUUCAUCCCUGCAGAUAGUCGGUAUACGAGACCCUGAUACUACACCGGUCAAACAACCGCCUCCCCAGUCAUAUAUGCGCAUGGAGCGCGCACCAACCCCGCCCAACGGUGUCCCACUGCAAGCAACGCCACGGCGACCCUAUGCAAAUGGUCGGUCGUCCGAAGCCGAUGGCCGACCGGCACAACCCGAGCCGCCUGCUUCAGUAUUUUCUCCUCCCGUGCCAACGCCACGCGCAGCAGCUCGACCCCGCCGACCGAUCUCACCACCAACCGUCCGGCCAGAGUCUAUUGACGCUGCAGCCAUGGCGUACAUUGCUGCAGAGAUGCCCGAGAGGUCAGAAACACCUCCAGCACGUCCUCGCCCCGCUACGCCGUCCUCCCAAACCUCCUUGGUACCCCCUCCCUCCUCUUUACCCUCAGCGUUGCGUCCAGGAGUCGGACGCGCACGUCGUCCAUCUAACGCUUCAUCGAUCCGCUCGUUCGGUUCAGCCGCCGCUGCAGUUUCCUCCCAAAUACCCUCGGUAGGCUUACCAUCUAGUCCAGACAGAUCCGCCGCGUCGACACCUGCGCCAGUUCCUCAGCCGCCUGCGAGUGCUCCACCACUGCCUGCAACUCUCACACCCGGAUCUGGGACUAUCCGCCGGCCGAACGGCUCUGCCUACCCAACUCCAGCGAGCUCCUCCUUGGAGGUACCCGUAGCUUCGACGUCUUCGCACAGCUCCUCUGCGGGGGCCAUAUCCGCUUACGAGGCGUCUCUCGAGGUGACACCGCGCCCCCUGAAUCUCGCCAUACCCACUGUUGAAUCACUCCGUAACCGGAAGCCUACAGUCAGACCAACAGACGCGCAGAUGUCGCAAGGGCGUCGCGAGCCAAACGCGCGUGUCUCAUUCUUCGACCCAGCGAACCAGGCGGCACUUGACCGCUUGCUUUCUGGAGAUAUCACUUUCCAGGACGAGUGGGACGAAGACGCCGGAGACGAGGUUGAGGUCGCAGAGGAGACCGCGCGGGCGAUGCUCAGCAGCGUCGAGGAGAUGCUGGAGGGCUACGAGUACGCGAGCAGUGACAUGCUCAGCUCCGCCGGGCGUGGGGGUAUCAACCAAAUGGAGGCAAGGUUGAUAGACGAGCUCAUGGCGUUAGAAAAGGCCAAUAUCCACUCAUUCAUCGAGUCUGAUGACCGAGUGAAUAUAGUGCUCAAGUAUCUCGAUGAUGCUCUCAAGGAGUUGGAUACCCUGGACAGCGUGAUCGCAUCCUACAAGAUCCACUUGAACGCCGUUAACGAAGAUAUCACCUUUAUUCAGUCACAAGAUCGUGGUCUUCAAGUCCAGACACAGAACCAGAGAGCACUACUUAACGAACUUGGGGAUCUACUUCAAACAGUUGAUGUGGAUACGAGGGCGCUGCUCAAGCUUACGCAAGCUUCACUCGAGAACAACGUCGAAGAACUGGAGGUCGCGGCGACUCAGCUGUACAAGGCCCUCCAGUCCGGUAAAGACCGAGAUAUGGCCGCAACGAUGGAGCGUCUGGAAGAGUACCGCACGUAUAAUACGCAAUUCUGCAAACGACUGCACGACUUCCUCAAGAUCAUGUGCACGGCGCAAGCGGAGAUGCUACUCGGUAACCACCAGGGCAUCAUACGACCUGCGAGAGGCAAACCCUCCAUUUCUGACCACAAACAGCUGGAGAACUAUCUGGGGCGAUAUGGAGGACUGAUGCUAUACUUGAAGGAGAUGGACGAAGUGACAUAUGGGAAGCUAUGCGGAGAAUACUUCCUUACUGCAAGUAAACUCUAUAACACCCAGGUCAGAGCCUUCCUUACGGCAUGCACUGAUAUGAUCAAGAAGACGGGCGAAGACGACUUCGAGGGCUUUGGAGCGACAUCGCCGACUGGAAACACUGGCAAAGCUGCCGCUGGAGUCCGUAGGGCCGGUACCCUGGUUCGGUCACCCUUAGAGGGUCGUAAGCAACAGCGCGACAAGGGCGAUGGCGAUAUGCGUGCGUCUGAUGCAUUUACUGUGGUUCUGGAGGCCGUAGGCCCUGUUGUUUACGCGGAAGAAGAGUUCAUCGCAGAUUUCCUGCAGAUCAACGAUGCCGCCCUGACCUUCGCAGACUAUAUGGGGCUAGAGAAUUACUUUCGUCGACAAGCUGCGCGUUCUGCAGGCCUCAGUCCCAAUACGCUCAAGCUUGUGCGCGGAGCCAUGGAUCUGAUUUUCGGCUUCCUGCCGGCUGAGCUGAAGAUGUGGCUUGACAAUGCCCUGGCGAAGGACAAGAUCCAGAUAGUUGGCAUGAUCGUCUGCUCAGAAAGGUUUCUUACUGAGGCCGAAGAACGCGGCAAUUCAUUUUUCUUAAGUCUUCUCGAGAAGCAACACAUGCGCAUGAAAACCUUGUACGACAGACAGGUGGCCGAGUUCCUCAAGGAGAUUAGCGAGACGAACCUCACAAGCAAGAAACGCAACGGUGUCGUAACCUUUGUCAAGGUUUUCCCGAGCUACGUUGGACGUAUCGAGACAUUGUUGAUCGGCGCAGAUACCUUAGAGAUUAGGCAGGUGGUAGAUGCGUCGUACAGUCGCAUAGUUGAAGCAAUGUUCGCUGCUCUGAAGCAGAUGGCGAAGAUGGACGGCGAAGGCGAAGACAAGGGCCAGCUGAACUAUCAUGUCAUUAUCAUCGAAAAUAUGCACUACUUCAUCGCAGAAAUGUCGCAGCUGGACAUAGGCUCCGUGGCAUCUUUCUUGCAAAGAGCUCAGGCUAUCUAUGAUGAGAACCUGAUCGCAUAUACCAAGCUAGUUCUCCGAAGGCCAUUUGCCAAGAUACUCGAAUACUUCGAGGGAGUGGAACGGCUUCUCAAGACAACUGCACCUACCGAGGUUGCGUCGAACAGCAGUUACUCAAAAUCUGCUGUCCGCAAAAUCAUUAAGGAGUACGACACGAAGGACUUGCAGAAAUACGUCAGCGCGCUUUUCAAGCGCGUCGAGAAGCACUUCACUGAAGCUGCGGACAUUGCCACGUCAGAGCAGGCGAGCUCAAGCACCGGCAUCGCUCCAGGUACCGUUCUCGUGGGAGUAUGGAAGGCAUGCGAAGAGGAGCUGCUGCGCAUGACAGAGUUCUUCAACAGGAAGAUUGCCCAAUGCUACGCGAACACUGGCGUUACGCUCGAGUACACGCAGAACGAUAUUGAGGCCGCGUUCAAACGACAUCGGGUAGCAUCAUAGGGCCCUUUCCCUUCUCACGUUACCCAUUUCCUCUCCGGAUACCUCCAUUAGCACAAUACCUGUAUUUAUUUGCUGAGUUUUGUGGAUUUCCUGCGUGCUUUUCCAUAUCGGCGCUAGUGCGGCGAACCUGCGCGCGCGACUGCAUCGCUCUCACCAGCGGCGAACACGGACGAGGGUAUUCAUGGCUGAGCUACAUCUUAGCUCAUCGUAAUUCGUACUGAGGCUCUGGCGUGUCAAUUGCUGUCUUGACCGAUCACUCUGCAUCCUGUCUUAGCUCUGUUGUUGGUGCUCAGUGAGAGUUUGGUCCAAAGGUUGGGCUGAAUUCCCAGGAACUGUGAGUAGUCCUCAUAUGACAC